AUGCCUUCUCUCAAGGAUCUGAAAAACAUUGUGUUUGCCGACAGCGAUGCGUUGAAGCUACUGCAGCAGGUGCAAGAAGUUGCAGUUCCUAACCACCCUGCGUAUCCAGACCUCUUCGGAUGCUCCUUUCUCUACGCCAGUACGGCCGAAAAGCCUUCUCCUUUCUUAACGUUCCAUGGCGCGAGUGGGCGUGGGAGUGAGGGGGGUGGGGGUGAUUUGUGGCUGGUGGCAUCUCUAGCACUCUCGACAAGCGAACGCGGUUUUCUUACAACUGCUGAGGAUCUGGCGUGGGAAGUGGGAGUCCUCGUCGCGUGCACCUCCAAGGGGAGCAUGCUGUGUGCGUCUGCGGCUCUUGUUAAGGUGUUUACGUAUGGCUGGGAGAAGGAUGUGACGGAGGAGGAGUUUCGAGGCCUCCUUCGCCAGCUGCGAAUUUUUCCUUCGGGCAUUGUACGCCUCCACAUGGAAGGCUGGGAAGAAUCAGGCUUCUUUUUGCAGUUCGAUCGCAUGCGGGAUGUCAAGCUCGUGAUGGUCGACAUCCACUUCGAAGACGAACAGAUUUACGCUGAUGAAGACGAAGCGGCAGACUCGGACCUCGACGAACCAAUCGACUACUAG